AUGCGGCCCCCGUGCCUGCCUGCCGCCAGCGGCUCGGGCCGUACCGUGUCUUGGCGCCCCGACCGACCUCGCUCGCCAGCGCGCCGUCUGCCGCGCUCCUCGACCCUCGCCUUGGACGCGCUGGGACUCCUCGGCUCUCCCGCCCGCGCUGCGCCCGGCGCCGCCGGUCAGAAGCGCGCUUCCGAGCCCCCGGCGAGGGAGGAACGCCGCGAGGAACUGCACAGGUCGGACCACGUCUCCUUUGCCCUUCUGGACCACGAGGGAGAGUCCGUCGUCGACAAGGUGCCAUUGGACAAGCUGUGGGAGGCCGCGGCCCAGGGCUCCCACUGGGCGAAAUCCCGCGCCAACUUGUCGAGCGAUUCGGAACAUCGUGUCGGGGUCGGGAUCAGCCAGACGGCGGGGGCCUUGGCGGUGGCGGUCCGGAAGUUUCGGGACGAUCCCCACAUCAAUGCCGUAGUUCAGCAGAAACGCUUGGAGAACGCCGUGCCCGAGGCCAACGCCUAG